UUUUCAUUUUGUUCCAUCAUGUAGGGAAUUCUUAUUUCACAAAAGCAAUCUUGAACGCGGACAUGUAGUCAAAAAGAUUAUCCUGGAAGGGAAAGGAAGCUGGUUUGACUCAGUGAAGCAUCAAGUACUGUGGAAGGAGACUUUGGAUCCUUGUGUAAAACUCCUUAAACACCUUGUAGAAACUACUACUGAUUCCUACUGUAUGGAGUUCAGCACUUUAGAACUGUGUCCCUAGAUCCCCUUCUAGAAACAGCAGACUUUGAAGAGAUGUUGGAUUCGGUGAAAUGCGUUCUGGUGGGAGAUGCCGCUGUUGGGAAAACGGCACUGCUGCUGCGUUUUACCUCUGAGACUUUUCCGGACAGUUACAAGCCAACUGUGUAUGAAAACACGGGAGUCGAAGUUUUCCUGGAUGGAAUCCAGAUUAGUUUAGGCCUUUGGGACACAGCGGGCAGUGACAGCUUCAAAGGGAUCCGUCCUCUUUCCUACCAACAAGCUGAUGUGGUCCUAAUGUGCUUCUCGGUGGCCAAUCACAACUCGUUUCUGAGCCUGAGGAACAAAUGGGUUACAGAGAUCAGGACCCAUUUGCCCCGGAUCCCCAUUUUAGUGGUGGCUACUCAGACUGACCAGAGGGAAGCUGGACCUUAUAGCGCAGCUUGCAUCAGUUCUGUGCAUGGUAAGCGACUUGCCAAAAACAUCCGGGCUAAGGGCUACGUGGAGUGUUCAUCGCUCAGCAACAGAGGAGUACAGCAGGUGUUUGAGUGCGCUGUCCGUACUGCAGUGAAUCAAGAAAGAAAACGAUCCAGGAGGAAACUUUUCUCUGUUGAUGAAUGCAAGAUCUUUUAAACAACGGGCACAAAAAUAUUUCCUUCUCAUAUCGAUCUAAACACAAGAAAAAAUGAA